AUGACCAACGCUCCUGCUGAGAGGACGCCGAGUGUAUUUAACACAGCCAUCUCGACACGGGCUAGUCAGUUGAACCCAAACGGUCGUACUAACGAGUUUGGUGGAAGAAGCGUGCCGCACAUCUUUAGAGGGAAAUUACCGAAUCACAAAAAGUCCAAGUCGUUCCGUACUUUGGAGUCAGUUGUAAAGAAGAUCAACUUGCAGAAGAAGAUUGGUCUGAAAAUCAGCAUGCUCCGAGCACCAGAUUCAUCCGGUAGCACGUCAACAGAUUCCAACCUGUUGACUGUGGAUGACAACAGCAUGAGACCUAGAGCUUACACAGACCCGACAUCCGACGGCAAGGGGAAGAUGGCAAUUAAGCUUCCCGAGAUUACCAUUGAAGACUGUUCGGACCCUGAGGACAAGAUGAACAGUGAGGUGGAGAUGUUCUCCGAUUUGUCCCCUCCACGCCGGAGGGCCAACACGUGUCCGGAAGAGUUCUUCAACAGACGACGAAAGGGGAGGCCUCCAACACCCCCUCCAACAUCCCGAAACGGCAGCCCUACCAACAAAUUCACUUUCGGGAACGUGAGGAGUCCCAGCAAAAGUCCCGUGUCAUUCGUGCACCAUAAACUGAGCAAAGUGUCUGAAGAUGGCGGUGAAGCGCCUAAUGACAGGAACGUGUCAACAAAGUCGUCUGCUCGUAUGAGUAAGCAGACGAUCGCCAACAGACGGAGUUCCUUCAACACCAUGGCUAGCCUUAGGGCAGGUCUUGCCUCCAAAUUAACACUGAUUGAAUCUGAGGACGAAAUGAGGACGGAAAAGGGGCAGUUUGCUGUUGCAAAGCCCGAAGCUUCGAGGGCAAGUGACAAUAACAAGAUUUCGGGAUAUAUGCCUCAGGGUCAGGAUGUGACAGACGUAUACGCAAAGGAUUGUCGCUUCUCUCAGAAAAUAUCCCCAACGUUGGACGGGAAACCCUUGCAAGCUUGUUAGCGCCACUUUCUCCAUAAUAUUCAGGUGUCCAUAUUAUUCCCCCUCGCAGCAUCUAAUGGCACAGACUUACAGAGGGCCAUGUGUCUUCGUGGACAAAUUGACCGAUGACCAUUAUGACAAAUGAUAUAUCAACGGUCGGUGACAAUUACACAGCUGUUGACCAUGUUACAAUCAACACCUGUUAAUAUUUGGAAUGGAAAAGACUUGCAAAUGGAAGUACGAUGUUAUUCUGUCGGUGAGUGUAAUGACUUGAAAACACUUACAGUUGUACAUAUUUGUAAAUACCACUGUUCAUAAUUCCUUUCUGAGACAUUCUAUAUGUGACUGUGAUAUUUCACUUCAUAAGCAAUAUUUCCUCAUAAGCUAUUUCGUUUUGAACAUUCAUAACGCUUUUCCCUCAAAUCUCAUGUAUCAACUAAUGAACGCUUUCAGUUCUGUUUGAUGAGUCUGUGGUCACUUAUCACUUCAUUAGGUUUUGGUCUGGGGUAUUAGCACUGAAUUGUAACACCGUUGGGGAUAUUUCAAUAGACGUUGCUAUGGAAACAAACACUAUCUCCGCCAAUUCAUAUCACUCCCAGGGCUUUUCGGGAUGAGGAUUAUAGGUUGUUGAGUACGGGCUGUUUUUUUGUGAAAGUAGGUCAGCUAAAGCUCAAGGGCACUUUUGCGAAUAUGUUUCAACCUUGCGCAAAGCGAAACAACAAAUGAUCAUUUUCUCAUAAUCUGUUCUCCACAGACAGGAAUAAUUCGUCAAUUUAUAAAUCACCUUAACUAUUUAAUUAACCGUUAUUACAUAUGUCCCCUUAGUUCCAUUUAUCCCGAAACCUGAUACAGACAUAUGUUGGGCCCAGGUUGAUGUGGGAGAUUAGCUGUACGUGUGUUUGUCGAUAACAAGAUGUGGGGUAGCUUCGUGGUUAAUGCGUUUGCACUUCACGUCUCAGGCCCGGGUUCGAUUCCCUACAUUGUACCAAGCUCAAUCCCGGUGUCUCCCACCGUGUUAUUGCCUGAGUACUGCUAAAAGAAGCGUAAAAGUAUAACUACUUUUAGAUUACAGAAGUUUACAUAAUCCAAUGGUGCACAUCUGGAUGAAGAUGGUGCACAUCUGUCCAAACGUAACACGACCUGGGGCUCUUUUAACAAAGCAAUAUCAACGCUACCAAUAUCAUACGCCUUCAAACUACGGCGUUACCAUUAUAACGCUGCGAUCGAUAUCUGAAAGGAGGCCUGAUUCACUUAGUAACGAUCGUGCCAAGUUGGGAUCAAAUAUUGUCAAUAUCAUACUGUCCAAUAUUUAUGUAACUAAUGGUGAGAUAAAGCAGGUACUUAUCACUAUGACAUGCCUGUCACCAGAUAUUAGAAUUAUUACGGUAACAGCAUAUUGACCUUUCCUUGUAACAUUCAGGGAGGAAAUGAGGAACAUCCAAAUGUCAAUAAGUAGUCCUGCUGACUCUCACACUCCCCGCUAUCCAUGCCAAGAGAGUGAAAACAAGCUUAUGUUGUCAUAGCAGUCUGUGGCCCUGGAACAUAGGAAUUGGUGAUAGCGGCAAAUAUUGAUUAUGUGACACAGUAAGUUAGGAUAAGAGAUACUGUAGGGUUUCGUAGACUGUAUAUGAUGGGAGUAACUCAUGAGUGCCGCAAACUGUGUUUUAGAAUAAAUACAAUUUCUUCUUAAGGCUGUUUCAAAAUUAACGAGGGCGGUGGGAUAGCCGUGUGGUUCAA